CGAUACUGUUUUUACCUCUAGAAUCGUCUAAAGAACUUGUCUUGCGAAAUCGGCAAUACUAGUAGACCUCGUCGAGUCCAUGACGUCUAAGCGUAUUUUUAGCGCUCAAAAGAACAGCACAGUCAACUACUAUGUAAAUGAUAAAACCUAGCGGAAGGGUUGUUUAUAAACUGCUACUGACGGCGAGGCACCAAUCAAGACCCCUAUUGGCCGCAUGUUCAACCAAUCACAUCCAAGCCUUUAAUGCCAGGUAUUCUUCUGGAGAUGUUGAAAGCAGAAAGCAUGAGCUAUCUGAAAAAAAGCUGACCAAACGAUUUGUGGAUUGGAGAAGGGUUCGUGUGAAAGCAGGGGAUGGUGGAAAUGGUUCUAUUUCACUAAGAAGAGCAGCUUUUGAAGAAUUUGGCGGACCUGACGGUGGAGACGGAGGGAAUGGGGGCCACAUUUUACUUCAAGCGGACAGGCGCACAAAGUCUCUUGGGGCUGUAAAACCACACUACAAAGCAGAACAUGGACAUCCAGGAGCAAAGAACAACAGCAGUGGCAAAAAUGGUGCACAUACAAUUGUUAAAGUUCCAGUCGGAACAGUCGUAAAAGAUGACAAGGUCACUGUUGUAGAUCUGGAGUCAGAAGGGGAUCAGUUUGUCCUUGCCCGUGGAGGUCAAGGUGGUCGAGGCAAUAAAUCCUUUGCAACACCGUCAAACAGAACCCCUCGGAUUGCUGGACGGGGAACUCCUGGUGAAGAAUCUCUGGUGUCGUUGGAACUUAAAAUAAUGGCACAUGCUGGAUUGAUUGGGUUUCCCAACGCAGGCAAAUCUACUCUAUUGAGAGCAUUAUCUAGAGCAAGGCCUGCUGUAGCCGCCUACCCAUUCACAACUCUCAAUCCACAUGUAGGAAUGGUGGAAUAUGACGACUUGGAACAAGUUGCAGUUGCUGAUUUACCGGGGUUAAUCCGUGGGGCUCAUCUCAACCGAGGCCUGGGUCACUCCUUCCUCCGACACAUCGAGCGUUGUAGCUGCCUCCUUUAUGUCCUUGAUCUCUCAGCCAAAGAACCCUGGACGCAACUCUACGAUCUUCAGUAUGAGCUUGAGCAGUACAAAGAAGGUCUCUCACAACGACCUCACGCCAUUCUCGCGAAUAAAAUCGAUUUACCGGAAGCAGAGGAGAAGUUGGCGCUUCUGCGUGAGAAUGUUCAGCUACCUAUCAUUGUUAUUUCUGCUCAUUACCUUACAAAUAUUGCUCACCUAAAGGUUCAUUUGAGGGAACUUUAUGAUGAGGAUAUGAAGGGUAGGUUGAAACCUGUCGUCAAACAAGGCAAGAGAAUAUUAUGAUUGUUGAUAAAAGUUGUUGAUUAGAGGUAAAUAUUCCACUGAAGGUGUCUGCUCAAACUAUUUUAAAUAACUUAAAAGUCAAACGGCAAGAAAUGCAUUUACAGUUGUUUCCCUUUACCCGUUAGAGAUCAUUCAUUUCUGUAUAACCAUCACAAAACACCCAGACAUUGGUAUUAUGUUCCAGUUUGAAUGUCAACAACAAAAUAUGAAACAGAAAAUUAGUUUUGCAGUAAAAAUUUUAAUAAAAAUACCAUGAAACAGAAAACUGUUUGGUUUCAGUGAUAAGGGUGUUAUGUUAACAUUGGAAAUUUUCAUAUCCAGACAUCCAAACAUGACCAUUACUUUGACCUCUUCAUGUUAAAGUAGGUAAAACCUUGCAACUGUUUAUUGCCGCUAUGGGCAUUUUGGUACAAGCCGCUUGUGGCCACUAUUGUCUCUGAAGAGUCAAUAUGCCAAGCUUUUCAAUGAAGAUACAUGUGAAUUCUAUAUGAAGGAAGGAGAAUCUUGUUACCUAACACAGUAAUGCUUUAUAAUAGCACAAGGCCCCAGGUUGACAAAAUUAGUUGACGCAAUAAGUUGACACCAAAUGUUAUAUUAAUAAAAUGGGAUACUGAACAACGAAAUAACAAACCAUA